CGAUGCAUAUGCAUAUUGAUUAGUGAACACUCUUUGUGACUGUAAUUUUGUAUUUCAGUUUUAAUUUUAAUUGUUGAAGUUGAAAUGUUCACCGUUCCUAUUGUACCACCUGACUUACGUCAUGAGGAAACUAUCAUCCAGGCAGCGUAUGCUUUGGAUAGUCUUCAAAAUACUAUUAACACCAUAUUUCGGUGCAUCGACAAUAGAAUUGAGCAAAAUAAUGCAAAGGUGGGGGAGUUGCAAAGUCGCAUAAAGAAAUCACAGGAGAAGAUCAAAAGUUUACAAGGAACUCGUAAGGCUAUCCAUAUAUACGCUCCUGCUCGUUUUCCGGCUAAUCACGUUUUCAAGGAUGAUAUUCCAGUAACCUUUAAAAAAAGCAUUACAAGUGACGAGGUUAAGGGAGUAAAAAAUGCAACAGAAGGCUACGAGGUGAAAUCUAAAAUAGACCUGAGUUUACCUAGCAUAAAUGAGAAGCUCGUGUUCUUCCAUGUCAGAGAAACGGAUCAAACUACUGGCGUUGACAACAACAUGAAAAAAGAACGAUUAAAUAUUAAGCAAGUUCAAGAUUUGGGAGUCUUGCCAAAUGAUUUAAGAUCUGUGGCAUCCGUUUUGUUAUUCAACAGUGAAUACAGUCCAUACAGUUUGGAGGAGGAAAAUGCAGAGAAACGCGAAAACUGGAAGCGAGCUAAAUUGCUAAGAACCAAGCGAAACCAAAAGAGCAUUGCAAGUAAUCAGACAACAUCGAAACAUGUUCUAGAGCCAGCACCCCACUCGUUAGCACACAGAAAUGAGAAGCUUACACCAUCAGGUGGAUUAAAAUACACCCCUAAACUGAUUGAAGCUCCAGAGUUAGAUUUGCCAUGGGAUUUGCCAGAUUUGCAGGGAAUAGCAGAUGACUUGCGCUUCGAAGGGCAGGAAGCAAAACAAAAGAUUGCGCCUUCUCUAGGAUUGGUAGUUGAAUCGCUACCCGACUUAGAUCAGCUGAUGCAGGAGAGUGCUAAAGGUAGCCAAACUUCAAAAGAAUCUAAUGUUGAACAAGUAUCUAAGAGUACUGCAGACAAAUUAGGUGAUUGUCCACCUCCGCCUCCUCCCCCACCACCACAACCGGCACCGAUGACUUCUAACUUGGUACCUCCACCUCCACCACCCCUACCACCUGCACAAAAACCAAACAUAUCUACAGCUAAUUCUGCUGCUGCAGAUUCCCGGUCUGAAUUAAUGGCGGCAAUACGCAACGCCGGUGGAAUGGGUAAAGCUCCCCUAAAACGAGCUGCGGCACCCAUAACAUCCAACAACAGUGAAAACAGUGUCCAUCCAGGGAUAGCGCAAAACACUCAGCAAAGAAAAAAUACUCCUAGUCCCGGAGGAGACCUAAUGACUGAUUUGCAUAAUAAAUUAUUGAUGAGAAGAAAAGGCAUUUCCGGGGCGAAAGAAAAUCAGGAUAAUGUUCGUAAAAACGAAUCAUCGACCACGAGUACACCGUCUGGUAAUCCGGUAAUUUCAAGACUAUCCUCGUUGAUUCCUCCACCUGUAGCGAGAACAAAGAUUGCCUCCGAAGAUGAGGACGAUGAUUCUAACGAUGCUGAUUGGGUUGAUUAACCUGCUACUGUUUUAGAGAAAUAUUCUUCCCUCGACAUGAUUGUAAAAAUACAUGGUAUUGAUUAUCAAUUGUAUAUAUGUAUGUAUAUACACCUGUAUUACGAAAAUAUGUUGUUGUUUUAAAACAUAUCCAUUAGGAGUUAUUACCAGGUAUCCAAAUCAAUUGCUAUAUAACUCAACCAAAAUAAAAAUAUAUAUA